AUGACAACACCUAUACGUAAGUCUCACCCUUUAUUUAAAAUUAUCAACAACUCUUUAGUAGAUAUACCUUUACCCUCAAAUAUUUCAACUUUUUGAAAUUUUGGUUCUCUUUUGGGUCUUUGUUUAGUUAUCCAAAUUGCUACAGGUUUAUUUCUAGCUAUACAUUAUACUGCUCACAUUGAUUUAGCAUUUUCUAGAGUUGCUCAUAUUUGUCGAGACGUGAACUACGGUUGACUUCUACGAACAAUACAUGCUAAUGGGGCUUCUUUUUUCUUUAUUUGUAUUUACAUUCAUAUUGGCCGAGGCAUUUAUUACGGUUCUUAUAUAACUUUCCACGCUUGGAUAGUAGGGGUUGUUAUUCUAUUUAUAGUAAUAGCAACAGCUUUCUUAGGGUAUGUUCUUCCUUGAGGUCAAAUGUCUUUCUGAGGGGCAACAGUUAUUACUAAUCUUUUUUCAGCUAUUCCUUAUAUUGGUACAGACUUAGUUCAGUGAAUUUGAGGUGGAUUUUCAGUUGAUAAUGCUACAUUAACACGCUUUUUUACUUUCCACUUUGUACUUCCAUUUAUUAUUGCCGCAAUAACUAUUAUUCAUAUUUUCUUUUUACAUCAAUCUGGAGCUAAUAAUCCUUUAGGUGUAUCAAGGCAAAUGGAUAAAGUUCCAUUCCAUCCAUACUUUACAUUCAAAGAUAUUGUAGGAUUUAUUGUUAUAUUUACACUACUUUUAAUUCUUUCUCUUUUAAAUCCUUAUCUUUUAGGAGAUCCAGAUAAUUUUAUUAGAGCUAAUCCUUUGGUUACUCCCGCUCAUAUUCAGCCAGAAUGAUAUUUUCUAUUCGCUUACGCAAUUUUACGUUCUAUUCCUAAUAAACUAGGUGGUGUAAUUGCUCUUGUUGCUUCCGUUGCUAUUAUUAUAAUUCUCCCAUUCACUCAUACCUCGAACUUCCGAAGACUUACCUUUUACCCUCUGAAUCAAUUUAUAUUUUGAACCUUAGUAUCAGUUUUAGUUCUUUUAACUUGAAUUGGAGCUCGACCAGUUGAAGAACCUUAUGUCCUUACUGGUCAAAUCCUUACAGUUACUUAUUUCCUCUUAUUUAUUAUUAACCCGCUUCUUCUUAUAGGAUGAGAUAAAAUACUAAAAU